ACCCCAGAAGGUUGGGUUUGUCCCUCCUUCGCCUCGCCAGAAGCGGCGGCGGCGUUUAGCCCGGGCCUGGACCGAGUUAGAGUUGAGGCAGCCCUCGGAGGAGCUGGCGCGUGGAGCCAUUAAACGGAUUAACAACAGCUCCUCCUCCUCUCUUUUCCCCAGGCCAGUUUGGCGCAGCCUUGGCAAAGCCCAGCCAGGAGAAAGGAGCUCUAUUGAUCCAGAUUAUCAUCACUGAGAAGGCACUGAAGCAACUUCUUAAAUUUGACAUAUUGCUCCAUGUUCUUGAAUGGUUUUUCAAGAAAGGCCACAAGGUGUCUGAAAACUGGCGCUGCCUGAACAUUCGUCUGGUUUGUUGGUGCCUACCACAAUGGCAACUGGCCUUACCAAUGUAGGAGGCUCUUUUGGAGGUCCAUCUAAUUCUCUGGUUUCUAGACCUAAGUUCCAGAGUACUUCUGUAGAAGAUGAUGAUGAUGUUGUGUUUGUUGAACCUGUACAGCCUCCACAGAUUUCUACACCAUUAGUUACAGAACAUAGAAAUGUCGUAUUUAAUUCAUCCAGUAACGAGGAACGACAUGGGAAUGACCCCAAAGUAGUGGCUCCAUCAAAAGACCUGAGCAAUCAAAAGGGAAGUAUAACUGAGACUAUUAUUAUUGAUGACGAAGAAGAUAUUGAAACAAAUCAAGGACAAGAAAGAAAUGAUUCCAGUUUCAGUGAACGAAGACUUCCAGAGUGUAAAAACAGAGCCAGUGAGAUGGAAUUCUCAGCGCCCAGUUUUUCAAGAAGUAAGGUAAAUGCAGGAGUAGGUAAUAGUGGUAUAACCACAGAACCAGACUCUGAAAUUCAAAUUGCUAAUGUUACUACAUUAGAAAGAGGUAUGAGCUCGGUGAGUGUUGGCCGGUUAGAAAAUACUGAAGGGCGAGACAUGAACUUAAUGAUUACACAUGUAACAUCACUACAGAAUACCAACAUGGGAGAUGUAUCUAACGGACUGCAGUCAAGUAAUUUUGGUGUUAAUAUACAAACAUACACCCCAUCUUUAACUUCACAGACCAAGACUGGUGUAGGACCUUUCAAUCCUGGUAGAAUGAACGUAGCUGGAGAUGUCUUUCAGAAUGGGGAAUCUGCAACUCAUCAUAACCCUGAUUCCUGGAUAUCUCAGUCAGCUUCAUUUCCAAGGAAUCAGAAACAACCAGGUGUGGAUUCUCUAUCACCAGUGGCAUCCCUUCCCAAACAAGUCUUCCAGUCUCCUGCACAACAGCAACCUUCUAAGCAAGUUAAAGUCACAUGUGCUAACUGCAAAAAACCUUUACAGAAGGGCCAGACAGCAUAUCAACGGAAAGGAUCCGUACAUCUCUUUUGUUCCACUACUUGCCUUUCAUCAUUCUCACAUAAGCCAGCUCCAAAGAAACUCUGUGUUAUGUGCAAAAAAGACAUAACAACAAUGAAAGGUACAAUUGUUGCUCAGGUUGAUUCAAGUGAGUCCUUCCAGGAGUUUUGCAGUACAUCUUGCUUGUCCUUCUAUGAAGAAAAACAGAAUCCUUCAAAGGGAAUCUUGAAUAAAUCAAGAUGCACUAUCUGUGGUAAACUAACAGAGAUACGUCAUGAAGUUAGCUUUAAAAACAUGACACAUAAGCUAUGCAGUGACCACUGCUUCAAUCGCUAUCGUAUGGCAAAUGGUUUAAUUAUGAAUUGCUGUGAGCAUUGUGGGGAAUACCUUCCCAGUAAAGGUGCAGCAAACAACAUCCUUAUGGUUGAUGGUGAGCCGAAAAGAUUCUGUUGCCAAAACUGCGUUUGUGAAUACAAACAGAAAUCUGGCAAAUUAACAGCUUGUACUGGUUGCAGAGCUCAGUGCAGGUUUUUUGACAUGACACAGUGCAUAGGAUCUAAUGGAUAUAUGGAGCCAUACUGCUCAGCUGCAUGCAUCAACACACACAAAUCAAAAUAUGCAAAAUCACAAAGUAUGGAAAUUGUUUGCCACUUUUGUAAGCGAAUCUCUUUACCUCAGUGUCAAGCCACAAUGCCAGAUGGAAUACUGUACAACUUUUGCAGUUCCCGUUGUGUAGCUAAAAUUCAGACUUUAAAUGUACAAUCUUCAACGAAUGGCCAGUUUGUGGCUCCAAGUGACAUUCAGCUAAAAUGCAAUUAUUGCAAAAAUACUUUCUGCUCAAAGCCAGAAGUACUGGAAUGGGAAAACAAAGUAUAUCAGUUCUGCAGUAGAAUUUGUUCUGAUGACUAUAAGAAGCUACAUUGUAUAGUAACGUACUGUGAAUACUGUCAAGAGGAGAAGACGCUGCAUGAAACGGUGAAAUUUUCUGGUAUCAAGAGACCAUUCUGUAGUGAAGGUUGCAAGCUGCUAUAUAAACAAGACUUUGCAAAACGGUUAGGAUUGCGGUGUGUUACUUGCAAUUACUGCUCUCAACUGUGUAAAAAGGGAGCCACUAAGGAACUUGAUGGAGUUGUCAGAGAUUUCUGCAGUGAAGAAUGUUCUAGAAAAUUUCAAGACUGGUAUUUCAAGGCUGCAAGAUGUGACUGUUGUAAAACCCAAGGAACUCUUAAAGAAAAAGUCCAAUGGCGAGGGGAGAUGAAACAUUUCUGUGAUCAGCACUGCCUUCUACGUUUCUAUUGUCAACAAAAUGAACCCAAUAUGGCAACACAGAAAGGACCAGAGAAUUUACAUUAUGAUCAGGGAUGUCAAACUCCCCGAACAAAAGUCACAGCAUCAGCACCACCUCCUUCCCCAACACCAAGUAAAGAAAUGAAAAACAAAGCUGUGCUUUGCAAGCCUCUGACAAUGACAAAAGCGACAUACUGUAAACCCCACAUGCAGACUAAAUCUUGUCAGACAGAUGAUGGCUGGGAAAAAGAAUAUGUCCCUGUGCCUAUACCAGUACCUGUAUAUGUACCUGUUCCUAUGCACAUGUGUAGUCAAAAUGUUCCAGUUCCUACAACAGUUCCUGUCCCAGUCCCUGUUCCAGUUUUUCUGCCGACCACAUUAGAAACCAGUGAGAAGAUACUUGAAGCAAUAGAAGAAUUAAAGAAUAAAGUCCCUCCAAAUUCUGAAAAAGAAUCUGGCGAUUCAGUGGCCAUCCCAGAAGAAAUUCCUGAGAACACUGAGAUAAUAGAACCUGUAGUACUCGAAAGUGAAAUAAUUGAGACAGAGGUGGUUCCUUCUGAGACAGAAACACAAACAUGCUUGCCUGAUGUUCCGUAUGACCCAGACCUUGAUAUUGAGGUUGAUUUUCCUAGAGCAACAGAAGAACUUGAAACUGAGAAUGAAUUCUUGCUGCCGCCUGUCUUUGGAGAGGAGUACGAGGAACAGCCAAGACCUCGAACUAAAAAGAAGGGAGCGAAGAGAAAAGCAGUGUCUGAAUACCACUCUCAGGACGAUAGCUCUGAGAAUUCUGAGUGCAGUUUCCCCUUCAAGUAUGCAUAUGGUGUAAAUGCAUGGAAACACUGGGUAAAAACUAGGAAUCUAGAUGAAGAUCUGCCGGUCUUAGAUGAGCUGAAAUCAACAAAGACAGUGAAAUUGAAAGAAGAUAUUACAUCACAUACUCCUGCUGAGCUAAACUUUGGGUUGGCACAUUUUGUUAAUGAAAUCCGAAGACCAAAUGGAGAAAACUAUGCACCUGACAGUAUCUAUUAUCUGUGUCUUGGGAUUCAGGAGUAUCUAAAUGGAAGCAAUAGAAAAGAUAAUCUCUUUUUGGAUCCCAACUAUCAAACAUUUGAGCAGGAAAUAAAUAAAAUACUCAGAAGCUGGCAACCAAGCAUACUUCCAGAUGGAUCAAUAUUUUCUCGAGUUGAAGAAGAUUAUCUAUGGAGGAUAAAACAGCUAGGAUCCCAUUCUCCAGUUACUCUUCUAAAUACACUGCUCUACUUCAACACAAAGUAUUUUGGCCUGAAAACUGUGGAACAGCACUUAAGACUUUCCUUCGCCACGGUUUAUAGACAUUGGAAACAAAAUCCUUUAACAAUGGAAAGCAAAGCUUGUCUUAGAUAUCAGGUUUCUUCCUUAUGUGGAACAGACAGUGAAGAAGAGAAAAUAGCUACAGGGAAAAGGAAGCAUGAAGAUGAUGAGCCAGUAUUUGAACAAAUUGAAAACACAGCAGAUCCCUCUAGAUGUCCUGUGAAAAUGUUUGAAUGCUACUUAUCGAAGAGCCCACCAAAUCUCAGCCAGAGAACGGAUGUGUUCUACUUGCAGCCAGACUGCCCAGUGUCCUCAGACAGCCCAGUCUGGUACACCCCCACCUCAGUGGAUCGCAAUACUUUGGAAAACAUGCUCGUACGGGUUCUUUUAGUAAAAGAUAUUUAUGAUAAAGACAAUUAUGAACUGGAUGAAGACAUAGAUUAAACGCUUCCCAAACUCUCCAUGGAAAAUAAAAGAAAACACAACAGCAUUAGUUAGUCAGGCUGCUAGAUUUUUAUCAUUGCGGAAUGGGGGGAGAGACAUUUCAAGUUUACUCUUCGUUUAACAUGUUUUGUAGCAGUGUACCCUCAGCUGGGUAUUACCAUGUAAAUAAUCUGUGAGCGAAAGUGGCCAUUAUUCUGCAUAGUGGUUUUAGGAUUCUUAACACACACACAUUCAUUUUUUUAAUUAUUAUUUAUUUGGUUAGAUAUGUUUUUAACUUUUUACAUUGCAAAAUAUGAAUUAAGAUGUGCCAUGUGUAAUUUCUUUUUUGGGGGGAAAGGGUCAUAGUAAGCACCAUCCCUUUUGCACAACUUCACUGUUGCAGAGCUUCUUUGAAAGAGAGUCGGGGAUUUUAAUGGGUUCUGAAACCAGGUAGUUGUGUAUGGGUAGCACUACUAAAGUUUAGAACUUGCUGUGUCUUUCAGAAUUUUUUAAAGAAAUUGUAAACUAAUAGGUUUUUUACUCUUAGUUACUGAAGCCUUAUGAGGUUAUGUAGAGAGGUUCCAUCUUAUGUACCAAAAAAUAGACAAAAGAGAAUGCUGUCAAUAUUGAUGUACUGUAAUGUGAAUCUAUACUGGUGAAAUGAAUUUUUGUUGCCCUUAUUAAAAACCUUAGUACCCUUUCCUUAUUUGUGACUCUGAAUUUACCCUGAUAAAUAAAAGUGUUUAUCAUCUGA